AUGACAAAUGUCAUGGAUAUGGUUAAUAAGAUUAAUCUUGAGAAGGAAGCAUGGAACCUCAAAGUUAGGGUGAUUAGGCUUUGGACUGUUCCUACUUUCACUGGUCAGCUUCUCCCAAAUUCCAUGGAGAUGAUUUUGGUUGAUGAAUCUGGGUGCAAGAUACAAGCUACUGUUCAGAAGACUAUGAUUUACAGGUUCAAACAACUUCUCUCUGAGGGUCGAGUAUAUGUAAUGAAGCUCUUCUCUGUUGUGCCAAACCAAGGAUCUUAUAGGGCCACUAGGCAUCAGUUUAAGUUGAUUUUCAAAUUCAAGACCACUGUCAGGGAUGCUAUCUGCGAUUUUAUUCCAAAAUCUGCUCUUACAAUCUCUCCAUUCACUGAACUUUUGGAAACCAAAGAGGAUUCUGAUUUCUUAGUUGAUGUUGUGGGUCUGUUGGUCUCUGUGUUGGAAGAGAAAGAAUAUGAUAAAGAUGGAAAGAAGAUGAAGAUGGCUGUGAUGAAACUUGCUGAAAAUGAGAUUCGGUGUGUCUUAUUUGGUGAAUAUGUUGAUGAACUUAAUCGAUUUCUGUUUUCUAGGUAUGCUGAACAGCCAGUUGUGGUUUUACAAUUUGCCAAAGUUAAGGUUUUUAGAGGUAGAGUUGGACUUUAG